UUAGGUUUUGGGAAAACAAAUGAGUUUGGAUUUAUUUCAAAAGUAACGGACAGAUCAGGUUUUUUGUUGUUCGGUGCAGUGCAGGCAGCUGCAUUCCUUCUCGCUCUUGCCCCCUCGCUCCUACUCCUGCACCUGUACGUUCUCGGCCCCUACCUAUAGUGUGUGUGUGUGAGUGUCUGUGCACUUGCCACGCUUGACUUGCAGCAACGGGCCGUCUGCAGGCGACGCGGAAAUGCCAUUGGGAGCGACGACGACACUCCACUCCGAUAGCCAGUUCCAGUUCCAGUUCCAGGCCCGAUAAGGACAGGACGGGACCGAAUAGAGAGAUAGCCAGCGAGAGCGCGGCAUAGAGAUUAUUUGCAUAGACUUCUGGAUGGAUUGAUGAUGUCGUGAUGGGCACAUGCUCUUGUACGCGGCGGCACUUUUUGCUGUCGAUAUGCUUCCUGCAAGUGAUAACGAUCGUGGAGCGUCAGGUAUUCGACUUUCUCGGAUACAUGUGGGCUCCGAUACUGGUGAACUUCUUCCACAUUCUGUUCAUCAUAUUCGGGUUCUACGGCGCCUAUCACUUUCGCGUCAAAUACAUUAUUACCUAUCUAAUAUGGAAUUUCCUGUGGAUCGGCUGGAACGCCUUCCUCAUUUGCUUCUAUUUGAAUGUAGGGCAGUUGGACAGGGACAGUGACCUGCUCAACCUGGGCACCGGCAGCGUCUCCUGGUUCGAGGCGAACGGCUAUGGCUGCCGGCCCACCUACAACAUGACCUCGGAUGAUCCGUUCCGGCCGCAGCGGCCGGAGCGUGUGGAGGACUGCCUGCUGGACUAUCCGCUGGUGGAGACGGUUCAGGCGGGCGUGCAGUGCGCUUUGGCGCUGCUGGGCAUACUGGGUGCCAUUCUGAUCAGUUGCAUAUUUCUCGAUGAGGACGACAGAUUCGAUUUCAUGAACGGCGACGCCAAGAGUCCACAGCACACGGUGGUGCAUCCCAUGUACGUGAGCUAUACAAGUAUACCCACAACAUCUGCCAGCGCCACCAUGCAAUCAAACAAGCAUCUGCAGCUGCAGCAAAACUCACUGAAACUCUACCACCAUCAUCACGCUGCUUCCGAGCAGUUGCAGUUGCAGCAGCAACCCAAACUACACCAAUUCCACACCAACAACAGUAGUCACAACAACAUCAACAACAACAACAACAGCCAGAACUACCUGCUGAGCAGCGGCAGCAGUGGCAGCAACAAUAAUACCCUACUUAACCAUAAUGUUCGGCAGCGCGCCAAUUCGCUGCUGCCGCUGUCGCCAGACACAACAAAUAACCAGAGCGCAUCAUUCCAACAACAACAACAAGUCAGCAACCACAACGCCAACCACCCACAACACCUAACCCCCAGCAACAGCAGCAGCCUGCGCCGCCCACGCCAUCACCACAAUAAUCCAUACCAUUUCGCCAACAAGGGCGCCCCCAUCAGUCCCAGUCCCAUGUCCGCCCAGACCACGCCCUCGCUGUCGUACGCCUCGCUGCAGAACUCCAAUCCCUAUCUAGCCAGCGGCGGCGGCAACACUUCGCUGAGCAACAGCAACUACAGCAUCUUCCAGAGUCCGGACUCGAUCCAGGGCAGCAGCAGCUUCUCCCACUUUGCCCGCAUCCAUCACAAGCCCAAGCCGCCCAAGACGGCCCUUCCGGCUCUCUCGGUUCAGGGAGGAAUUGAUUCCAAGCUAGCCUCGCCCGUCCGUCCGCUCGACCGCCUGUCGCGCAACCUCGAGGAAGACGAGGACAACUUCUCGCUACAGCAGUUUGCCCCCGGCGACCAUGGAGUGACCUAUGUGCCCUUCCAGAGUCCCACGCCCAACGGUCUGUUUCUGGGCGAUAACAAUAAUGCCCAGCCGCACUCUGCCGUCUUCCACUUGAACUCUCGCUCCAGUUCCAACAACAAUGCUUAUCCCUAUGAGCAGAACGGCCUGCCCUCGCCCCUUCGUUCGGCCCGUCGACCCACGCAGAUUCCGCUGCCCACGGUGCCCAUGCAUAGUUGCCGGGAGUUGAAGCAUAACGAGGACGAGGAGGCGGAUGCCGAGAACGAGGACGACGAGAUAGAUCGCCAUCAGGUGCUAACGCCUCCGCCACCGCCGGUUCCAAGGCCGCAUAUAUUCCACCAGCGUCUGGGCCAGGCGCCCUACCCCGAUCUCUCGCCGGAGGUGGCCGAGCGCUAUGCCAUGCCCACCCAGCUGGGACCCAGCUCCAUUCAAGCGGCACACGGACACCUACCCGUGCCCCACGGCUCACCCAUGGUGCGUCGCAGUAAUCGGCGGCCAAGGCCACCGAUUCCUGUGAACUUUUGCGACCAGAUUCGCGCCCCUCCUCCGGGGUAUGUGGUGCGGGCCCAAAGCGACGACCGUUUGGAGAACCAAACGCAGAUGGAGGCGGAGGCUGCUCCUCACGUUAAUCGUCGAAGUGGCCGCAAUGGCAAUGGCCAAAAGUCCCGUCCCCGCUCCUUUUGCAACUCUGUAGUGGGCGUGCAGGCCUAGAGUAUGUCCCAAAAGUCUCUCUAUCUCUGACUCUCUGUCUCUUGAUCAUGCUCUUUAACGGGCAGGAUGUUACUAACUCCCCUACACACAAGCCUACACCCACACAUUGCCCAUUCACACAAUCCAAGAUGAGUAACGCGCGUACAUUUGGCUCUCGAGCGCAUGGCGUUAAGCAUCUUGGAGUUUAUACAUACCUAUUUGCGUGUUGCUGUUUCUCUGUUGUGCCUAACCAGCCGGCUACCUGGCCCAGAUCUAGCUUCGGACGAGCUGCUGUCUUUAGUUUAAGUCUAAGUACCAUAAUCACACGCGCGUGCAUACAUUUAAGACUUUCUCUGUGAUAGAAAAGUCGGGAGAAGAAAGGAAAGUCGCUAAAAAAUUUUAUGUUGAUCUGUGAUAAACUAUAAACAAAAAACAUGAACAUGAACAUGAACGACAAACAAACAAACGAUUAUUUCACAAAACGAAUGAGAACGUCACAAACUAUCAUGAUAUAUGAAGAGAUUUGUCGAUGAUAAGAAUGCCAAUUGCAAACAGAGAUGCCUUGGAUGAGAAUGACGGAGAAUGUAGUAGAGAUUAGACAGACAUAUAUAUUGAUGUGUUAUGCGAAGGAGAGCGAAGUCUCUCCGAAACAGCAGCUGCCUUUUUGUUGUUUAACUAAUAAUAUAUAUAUAUACAUAUAUGCUAUAUACACAUAUUUACGAUAAAUUACAAACUGUACUACGAUGCAAACGUUGCCUAUUGAGUUAAGUGCGAGAUUCGCUAUACGAAACAAAGGUUUAUAGAACUGUUAAGUCCUAGUACUAAGUAUUAAGCUUGAGGCAUUAUCGCGAGGCAGAUCCAAAUCUACGUAGCCUAGACUCUAUUUACCAUUUACUGUUUAGAUAGAAUCCCCCUGUUUAGACCUUGAUCUUUGCGAGAUUCGAAGCGUUUCCAAUAAAAGAAGAAAACUUAAA